ACCUAUUUUUUGAUAAAUUUUAAUAUUUAACACGACGUUAUUAAUCUUUUUGUCGGUAGUCGAAAUUGACUUACUGAUAAAGUUACAUAUGAAUUUAGGUGCAUUGGUUCUUUAAACUUUUAAAGGGAAAUGGUCAAAUUUGUGUUCAUUUGUAUCAAUAAAUUGAUAAUGACAUUAGUAAAACUGAUAAUAUCAAAAUGCCUUAGCCAAUACAAUUGACAAUGAGAGUAGUAUAAUACACAGCUAUGCAUUCAUAAUAUAUAUAUACACUCGUCAGUAAUAGUAUGAGGGCCAUUAUCAAUAUGUUUAUAUAUUUCCAUUAUUAGCAUACUCACAAGGUAAGUUGUGAGUAUAUACUCACAGGGACAGAGAAAAGGAGGCACACAAAUUAAAAAAGCUGACUCAUUCUCACUAUCCAGCUACAGAGAAAAGGGGCCCACAAAUUAAAAAAAAAAACACCUGCGAGUCUCCUCCUCUCUUUCCAUCACUUCGUCAGAAUAACACAUCCACACAAAACAAAUAUCCAAACCACCCAGAAUAAUAUCCGUUCACCAUAACAAACUAAGACCAAUAUCUAGUCAGCUCAUAAUUAAUAUCCUCACCAUAGAGACUAAUACCCACCUCACACAGACUAAUAUCUGAAAAUCGCAGACAAAUACCCACGAUGAACAGAUUAAUAUCUGACCAUCGUAAACUGAUACCCACCACACGGAUUAAUAUCUGUCCAUCGCAAACUAAUACCAACUACACAUAUCCGAACCACGUACCUAAACUAAUAUCCAUUCAUUGCAAACAAAUAUUGUUGUUUCAUGGCCCGAAGGCCCAUGGGCCCUCGGUGGGCAGCCCUAACUAAGGUUACAAGCAUUACGUGUUAGGAUUUGAUAGUGUUUUAGUUUUGAUGGAAGACACAAUAGCCAUUACUUCACAAACUAAUAUCCAUCGCAUGAACAUCAUUAUAUUCUAUCAUCACAAUUCACAUACUAAUAUCAGUACAUUAAAAAAAAUCUAUCACUGACCAAUAUCCAUUACAGGCGGAAAAACAAAGAAAGAAAUGAGAGAGAAAAAGAGGGUUAGAGAGUUAAAGGUGGUUGGGAAUUUAAUGUGCCAUCACUUCUCUUUUUUCUUUACACAUUUGAGCCAUGUAAAUAUCUACUCACAAAAAACCUUGUGGGUAGUUUAACUUUAUCGGAAGUAUUGAUGUGUAGGAAAUUCAAAUCUAAAACAUAUCGUGAACAAAUGAGUUACAACGGCGAUCUCAAAAUCGAACUGCUAUCAAAUCUCCUUGCCAUAGAAACUGAUUGCAAUAUGUCGGAAGAAGAAUAGGAAAGUGGAAUCAGCAACAAGAAUAAAGUGGAACAGACCAGGUCAGUAAUCUUAUGGUGAGUAACCAUGAGUAACCUGUCCACAUCAGCAUGACAUCAGCAUCCCUCUCUCCCGGAAAGCCUUUAAUUUCCCCCUCCUUAAUCUUUGACGGACGAUUUCUCACUCGUUUUAAGUCGAAAUUUAAUUUUUUUUGCACAGUUAGAUCAGAUUAAUUGUGCUCUUCAAAAUGAUAUCCACUUUGAUAUAUUUUCGAACAAAAAAAAUUGAGUCACUUUGUUCUCCGAUACUUGCAGGGAAAUCAGGACGUGAGUUUAUUUUUUCCUUCUAUAGGUUCGGCCACUCUGAGAGCCUAUUCAGACUCGGAUUAUGCAGGGUGCAUAGACACCAGACGGUCUACUACAGGUUGGUGUGUCCAGUUGGAAACUCCUUUGUUUCAUGGCGGUGCAAGAAGCAGGAUAAAGUCUCAAAAUCAUCCACCGAAGCUGAAUACAUGGCGAUGUCCGAUGUGACUUCUGAGCUGACAUGGCUGCGACGACUGCUUAGUGAUAUGAGUGUGGAUAGUGCGAGCCCCAUGGAUUUGUUUGUUGAUAAUACCAGUGCAAUUCGAAUAGCGGAGAACCCAGUGUUGCAUGAUCGUACAAAGCACAUUGAGAUUCAUGUGCAUUACAUUCGAGAUGAGGUAAGAGAUGGAUCGAUUGCUCUACACUACAUACGUACUGAGGACCAGGUUGUUGAUUUGCUCACCAAGUCAUUCUCAACAAGCAGACACAGUUUCCUGUCUAACAAAUUGAUGCUCGUGAAACGGCAUUAAUUUGGGGAGGCUAUUGAAUAUAUGUGUAGACUGUCAUGUGUUGUAUUAGUACGUAAGUAUGGCCCAAUAGAGUUUGUAGUUUACGUUAGGCCCAUGCAACCACAUCUAGCCCACGCACGUAGAGAAGCUGAACUUGUGGUGCUAGGGUUCGGCCAUUAGAGGGUAUUUAAGUUAAGCUUGUCUCUCCUGUACUAUUAACGAUCAUCAUCAGUAAGAACAGUAGCCGAAGAGUGUUCAAACUCUUUCGUGGAUUAGUCCUGGAUAUCCAGAGAUACCACGUAAAUCCGUGUCCGACUUCAUUUCAAUUCCCGUACUGUAAAGAUAAUCAACAGUAGUUUCUAGCGAUCUUUGGGACAAAUUCAUUGGAUUCGUCGACGAUCUGGGUGGAUUGCUUCGGUGUCUCCCAAUUCAAAAUAGUUCGAAUCUCGUUCCUUUUAUUGGCGGCGAUCCAAACAAGUUUACUUUCUACUUCAACGAAAUACUACCUAAAUCGGUUGAAAACCGCACCAAACUUCAACAUUUUAUGAAAUUUUAGUGUAUGUGUAACAUUGUGGGUAUUUUUUUAUAGGAAAUCUUGUAUUAUUUGAGAAAAAUCCUCACCUCCUGGCUUCCUUUUUUUCUCCCCACAUAAUAAUAUCAUCAUAUCAUUCAUUAUCCUCAUCCUCUGCUUCUCUCUCACUUAGCAAACACUUCGAUCAAAAUCAAGUAAGUUCACCUGGAAUCCUUCGCCUUGUACCGAUUGGUUUAUUGCCAUCUCCUUCUCCUUUCGAUUCCACACAAUCGUCGACUAUUGGCAAGGAGUUUUGGUAUUUGUUCAUCAAAAUGGAAAGUGAAGCUUGUGGUUCUGUCGUAUCGAUGAGAAUCACCGAAAAGCUUCGCAAAUCGCCCUCCAUCUCCUCCGAGUUCAGCAUUUUCAGGGUGCCGAGGCAACUACGCAGAGUAAACGAGCAGGGGUAUGAACCACAGAUGAUUGCAAUUGGCCCUUACCAUCAUGGUAAAGCUGACUUGCAUCACAUGGAGAGACACAAAAUACACUACCUGCGACUACUGCUUCACAGGACAAAGGAUGCAGUUGAUCAUCAUGACGAUGAACUGAACAGAUACGUCUCAGCCAUGAAGGCACUGGAAGAAAGAGCUCGCGAAUGCUAUGCGGAUCCCAUACCUCUCGACUCCGACGACUUCGUUGAAAUGAUGCUUCUCGAUGGCUGUUUCCUUGUUGAGCUGAUUCGAAAGUGUUGCGCAAUGGAAGGGUUGGCGGACGAUCACGACCCUAUCUUUGCUGUUCCAUCCAACUUUGUCGCCAUAGUUCGUGACGUUCUGCUGCUGGAGAAUCAGGUCCCGUUGUUCGUCCGCUUGAACUUGUUUCAGCUAACAAAGCAGCCGAAUGAAUCGAGGGAUUUCGUAUCCAUGGUGGGCGAGUUUGUUAGCAAGAAGCCGCUGGGGCUUGGCUUCAUUGAAAUUGACAGUGAGGGUUGUUAUGGAAAGAUGCACAUAUUAAGCUUGGUACAUGAAUAUUGGGCUCCUCCCAACUGGAGAAAGAUACCACAGCAGGACAAAAGGCUCAGACCAGGAUGCAAACCGCAUAGUUUGUGCCACAAAGCUGAGACAAGCCGGAGUCGAGUUAAGAAGCGCUGUGGCGGGUGGAGGACGGCAAACCUUGUUGGAUGUCCAGUUCAAAGAUGGGACCUUGUUCAUCCCAACAAUUUAGGUCGUCAAAAGACUUGGGAACCAAGUUGUCGUUCAUCAUGGCUACUUCACUUAUUCCGAUGUGUUUUGAGAAAGUGAACAAACACUGUGACAAGAAGUGGUACAGAUGGGUGGCAAAGCUGAGGCACGACUAUUUCACCAGCCCUUGGGCGCUUCUCUCUCUCUUUUAGCUGCGUUUCUUCUACUUCUUCUAACAUUCAUUCAGACUUUGUACUCUGGUUUGUCUUACUACAAGUGAAAUACAGAGAAAUGUCGCCAGUAAUUAUGAAUCAAAUAGUGUUUGGGUCAAAAUGAACGACAUUGAAGGGA